AUGGAGUUUCUUCAGCUGAGGCAUAAUAGGAUGAGUAUUGCAGAGUACACAGAGAAGUUCGAUAGACUCUGCAAAUUUUCUGCCAUGUAUAAGGCUAAUCCAGAUGAAAAGUGGAAGUGUAUAAAGUAUCAAAGAGGGCUCAGGGCAGAAGUCCUAACCGCAAUAGCCCUACUAAAAAUCGGGGAGUUCUCAUCCCUUGUUAGCAAAUUCCAGCCACUGCAGAACAAGGCCUUUCUUGGAAAACCUACAGGAAGGCAACCUCAACAGGACAUGGAUCCCCAAGAACCUCCCACUGAUGCCUCACUAAAAACCACCGAACUCAAGGAGUGUGCUUCAUGUGGGAAGCAACAUAGGGGUAGGUGUCUUAUCGGGCAAAAUGUCUGCUUCCGGUGUUUUCAGUCGGGGCAUAUCGCCAAGGAAUGCCCAGCAGUUCCCCCACCCCCUGCCAAUCCACCACAGCGCCAGGGGCGAGUCUUUGCCCUCAGCAGCGAGGAAGUCCACAGGUCAGAAGAUCGAAUCGAGGGUAAGUGCACAAUUAAUGGAGUUCCUUUAACUAUUCUAGAUGAUACUGGUACUCCUCAUUCGUUCAUAUCCCUCUCCGCUACUAGUAAGAUUAGCUUACCCAUCGCUAUGCAUCUUACUAAUAACCUUUAUUGA